ACUACUAUUACUUUUAUCAACAUUAAACCUUCCUUGUGUACCUCUUUCCCAGAUUUCUCUUCACUAUAACAUCCCAACUCCGACUGAGGUCACAAGCUUCAGUGUGAAGGUCAAACCAGAGGCCAACUGCACUAACACAUCUCACAGACCCAAACUCUCUCUGAAGAUGCAGUCUGUAUAUAGUGGGAAGGAGACCAGCACAAACAUGGUGAUCCUGGACAUCAAAAUGCUCUCUGGAUUUGUGCCAGACCCAGAGUCUUUGAAGAGGCUCAAAGGUGCCCUGCUGGUGGAUCGCGUUGAACAAAAGGAAGAUCAUGUCCUCGUGUACCUACAGGAGUUACCAAAGGACAUACCCAUCAACCACAGCAUAGAGCUCAUACAGGAGCUCCCAGUGCAGAACCUGAAGCCAGCCGUGGUCAAGAUCUAUGACUACUACCAGACAAGUGACCAGGCUGAGACAGAGUACAUCUACCCUUGUUCUGCAGGUUCACCAGAGGUGGGAUCAUCAUCAGGAGAUGUGCUACACCUGGGCCCGGUGAAGCGCAUUUAUCUCCACGCUAGCUGCUCUCUCGGGCUCACUCCAUUCACGCCGUCUGAGGAGGAGGCCACGGCGCGGCUGUGCUCUACUGUUUUCUUUCUUGUUUUUCGCACUCACUCGCACACAUGCAUCUAUGCACACCUACACUACUGAUUACAGACACUGAUCUUUUGCUUAAUUUUCUGACGUCAU